CUUCUACACACGGAACAAAAUCCGGUCAGCGGAUCCGAAAAAAUUUCGCGAUGAAUUCGAAAACAUUGGCUGUUUGCGAAAUCAUCAAAAAUGUUUCCGAUUUUGAAAGAAUUAUUUCCGCAUUUGGAAAAAAUGUUUGCGAUAUCGCAAACACCAAGUUUGCCGUGCCCUUUUCUGUGGCGCCCGACGCAGCCAAUGCGUUACGCUGCUGUCAAAAUCAGCAGUUCGCGCCGCUCGCGCAAACCGCUCAAACAUAAACAAACAAAAAUUGUGCAGCAGCAUUUUUUUUUGUUCGGCAAAUCGCGUGUGAAAUGUUUGAGCGUUUGAAAAAAUAAUAGCCUCGGCGGCCAGGGAGUGCCCCGCCAUAAGAUUUGUGUCCAUUCGGUCUAGGGCGUGGACAACGAGAAGCUGCAGCUGUUUCUGAAAAAGUUCGGCGUCAACAUGAUCCCAGGCAUCGAGGAGUUCCAGCACCGAGCAUAGCGAGAGGAAGUAAAUUACCGGAAUCCUAGCCGAGCAUCAUCUCCCAGCUAGAACCGGAGGCAGCUGGUCACCGGUGCCGUGACGGAGGACGACCAUGGCGUGCCGAAGCUGACGGUAAACUUCGGGGAGACGGAGUGUUAUGCAAAAAGUACACCAGUCAUCUCUCCGGCGGUUCUUCCGCCAUGUUACGCUGACAGUGAUACAAGAAACUGGGAUGCCGGUUCCAAAUUUUAAUCUGAAUAGUUCAGUCCGGAUGAAACUAAUCAGACUAAGGUUAGUGUCCAAUUUUGGCAAAGCAUUUAAACAAAACUCAAAAGCUUCUUUCCAAUUCCAGCCGGCGGAACUUGCCACCCCAUCUAUACAUUUCCGACGAUGAUUGACACGGGUGUCCGGUAUCUUUGUGACUCGCUAAGCGAUUCGAGCUUGGCCGGAGCAUCGUUGGUGGAGGCCCACGGCCAUACGACUUCAACAGUAUUACCCGUUGCGUACGCCACAGCACCGACGACAACCUAUGUCUACGGCUCGCAAUUGCACCGUAAGUUCGGCAAACAACUUCACAGAUCCGACUGAUGGCGGAGAUUCUGGGGACUUGUUCCAGGCAGACGGUCUUCUAGUGGAGGUCACUCCGCUCAAGUCGAUUCUCGAGGUGAAGUUCGGCGGUCAACCUCCAGGACGAGCAGAACUUCUGGCGGUACGCGAAUCCGCUCAAGGGACGUGCAAGCUCGUUGCGCGACGCUGGAAAUCAGCCACAUCGACGACCCGAGCACGCUGCACCGGUCUCAGCACCUCUAUCCGGGUGGCCCCGCCGCCGACGUCACCGAGCAUGAGAAGGACCUGUACAAUCUUUACCGAAAACAUAGUUGCCGCGGUGCAGGCCACAAAGACUUUGGCAAGUAGAGCAGCAACGAGUGCAUUUCGGCCACGCCACCUUCUUCUCCUACUGCUAGCACCGGGACUCACGUCACGGGGAGUAACAUGCCAACGGCUGCACCGACGCCCAUCAGUAACCUGCAGCCCCGCGGACAUCCAGGACGACCAGAUCAGAACAAUCGACGACUGAUAGAAUCAAAAUUCCGUAGUAAACCACUCACCCCAUUGCUUUGAUUUUGUUUGGAAUUAUGAAUAAAUAAAUAAAAACAUUGAAACUUCUUCUUCUUCUUAUUUCCAUCCAAAAUUUUAAAAGCAACGGUCAAUUCAAAACAGUAAAUAUUGUAGUGGCUGCGUGCUGCGUACUUUUGGCAGGCAUGCGUUACGGCGUUACGUUUGCGAUAUCGAAAAUCACCGUUUGCGAUAUUGGAAGCAAUGCUUCCUGCUGACGGGUGUAAACGGAGGUUUGCGAUUGGUAGAGCAAAUCGGAAGCAAAGUUUGCGAUCCCGCAAACCGGAUUUUGUU